AUGAAAGGCAUCGAUCUUGUUACAGACAGGAAUAAUCUUCGUGUACUCCUGGCCUUUGUUUGUGGCCAGAAGCGCACACGCUCGCUCCGUAUUGGCGUCAAGGUCGUUCAGUCCACAGUUAUGUUCACUUGCUGGAACCGCAAAACUACUAAUUAUAUUUCUGGUUUUGAUGGUUACGGCCAUGAAGCCGAAAGAGCUUGGACUAAAAAGCCCAAUUUUAUCAGAGACAGUGUGAUACACAAUCGAGUCGUCCACUACAAUUUUGGAGGCAUCAACCUUAUACUCCGGUUUGAAGUUGAUGCCUGCAGAGGAUCCACGAACGAUGUCCUUGGAUAUAAGCCCGUGAUCAGCACGUACGAGACACCCACAGGCUACACUGUGCGAAAUCAAGGGUAUUUGGUCGACUCGUCUCGUCUUGUUGAGAUCAAAACCGGGACGCAACGGAGAAUCUCGAAAAGCGCAGAUCAGCUAUGGUUUUCAAAAACGCCCUUUCUAUGCAAAGGCCGCUAUACAGGGGACGGAAUCUUUUCGCCAGCAAGCCAAGUGAACUUUAUUCAAGACGGAAAGCUAGAGAAAUGGGAGAAUGAGAAUAGGGAAAAGCUGAUGAAGCUGGUCACAUUGCUAGAAACGAUUAUGGAAAUGGUGAGGGCCGCACCGCAGGGUACGUAUGCGCUGGUUAUUCUCCCGGGGGAACCUAUCCUGAAGCUGCACAAAGCUUCAGACACAUAUGAUAAGGAUCUCCCGGAGGACCUGUUGACGAUGUGGAAAUCUGAUGAGACAUAG